GAUAUCAGAAUCUGAUCACUGUGCUCGACAUCCCACCAUGAUAUCAGAAUCUGAUGAAGAUCAGAUUCAACAUUAUAGUCAUCGGCAUCCUUUGAAAUUUCUUGCACAGAUGGGAGAUAAUGAAGUUCUGUGACAAAUAUGUGAAAAGCUCUGCUCAGAUACUGUAUAUAAUUGCCGACAGUGCAACUUUUAUCUUCAUAAAUCUUGCAUGGAUAUUUACCUCAAAAGAUUGAAGUCUUCUUUCAUCCAUGCCAACUCGUUUUGCUCACAACCCCUUCUUAUUAUUGUGAUGCUUGUGAAAAGGACUCCUCAGGCUUGACCUUCCGCUGUGGUAAGUGUUAUUUUCAACUGUGUGUUAAAUGUUUUCUGUUGAGUAGUGCAUCAAAAUCUGAAGGAAAGCAAAUUGAACAUUUUAUUCGUGAAAUGGAGAUUCAACAUUUCCUUCACGAGCACACCCUGAAGCUUUAUGAGAAUUCAGAUUUUGACGAUCUCGACUGCUCUGGAUGUGGGAACUCAUUGUCGGGUCAGACCUAUGGCUGUCUUGGUUGUGAAUUUUUUCUCCACAAAUAUUGUGCUAAACUUCCGCAAGAAAUGCAACAUUUUUUUCACCCUUGUACUCUUUUCCUUACAAUUGGAUUUUAUGUGUGUAAUGGUUGUUAUAGCCACCACUCAGGCACUCUUGGCUACCGUUGUAAAAAGUGCGACUUUGAUUUGGACGUUGACUGUGCUCGACAUCCCACCAUGAUAUCAGAAGGCGAUGGAGAUCAGAUUCAACAUUAUAGUCAUCGGCAUCCUUUGAAAUUUCUUGCUACGAUGGGAGAUAAUGAAGCUCUGUGCCAAAUAUGUGGAAAGCUCUGCUCAGAAACUGCAUAUAAUUGCUCACAGUGCAACUUUUAUCUUCACAAAUCUUGCAUGCAUAUGGUACCUCAAAAGACUCGAGUCUUCUUUCAUCCAUGCCAACUCGUUUUGCUCACAAGCUGUUCUUAUUCUUGUGAUGCUUGUCAAAAAAAGACCCAAGGUUUGAUAUUCCGGUGUGGUAAGUGUUAUUUUGAACUGUGUAUUGAAUGUUUUCUCGAGUAGCGGGACAGAAUCUGAAGAAAAGCAAAUUAAACAUUUUAGUCACCGGCAUCCUCUGAUGCUUUGUGAAACAAUGGAAGAGCGUGAAGUUUCUUGUGGAAUUUGUGGAAAGUCAUGCUGGAUAUCUAGUUAUGGUUGUGGAGGAUGUAGCUUUUACCUCCAUAAAUCUUGCAUGGAGACUUUAUAUCAAGAGAUUCAACUCUUUUUUCAUCCAUGUUCCCUCAUUUUGCUCUCAACUCCAUCUUAUAAAUGAGAUACUUGUUGGAGAGACUGUUCAGGCGUGUAUUUCCGCUGCGGCAGUUGCCGUUUCAAACUCUGUAUUAAAUGUUCUAGAAUGUCUAAAAUGAUAAUAGAUGAAGAUGAUGAAUCUGAUGAUGUAGACCGGGUUCAACAUUUUAGUCACCAUCAUCCUUUGAUACUGUUCGAAAUGAGGACAGAAUAUUUUUUUGAAUCUCCUUCUUGUAAAAUAUGUGGAAAGCUCUGCGUAGAUUCUGCCUGCUGCUGUUGGUGUGAUGAUUGCCAACUUUGCUUCCAUAAAUCUUGCAUGGACAUGUUACCUCAAAAGAUUGAUCAACAUUUCUGUCAUUCAUGCCCUCGUUCAUGCUCUCUAAUCUUGCUCACGACCCCAUCCUAUGAGUGUGGUGCAUGCGACAAAAACUGUUCAGGAUUGAGGCA